AUGGAGGAUUCCGAUGUCAUUAAUUUUUCAGCACUGGAGAAGGAACUGCAGUCUGCGCUGGCGGCAGACAAGAAAUACCGUAGAGAAAAUGAUGCGAAGUUUCGUGCCAUCCAUCAGAAUGUUGGCUCGUAUGAGGAGUUUAGGGACAUAGUGUUGGCGUCCCACCUGAAACCUCUGGACAAAAAGGAUAAGGCCGGAGCCCCACGCAAGCAGCCAUGGAAUGCCAUUGCAGCUGGUACCAAGCAGCAGGGCAGCGCUUUCUGUGAUGUGAUUGAGGUGUCUGAGCUCCACCCGAGGACAGCGGCAGAGUUCAGCCGUGACUGGCGCAGGUUCGGCGGAAGCGCGCCGGACCGGUACCGCCUGCUGAUCUCGCUGGGCGGGGAAGGUCUCCGGCGGAUCUUCAGUGCAGAGAUUGGGUUCGGCCUCCUUGGCGAGUUCCUCUCGGUCCUAUCAGAAUGUCUCCAGCCUGGGGACGUGACCGCAGUGGUGGCAGUCCUGGAGGGGAUGUCCCAGACGGGCCGCUUUGGCCUAAACGUGUCCUUCUUAAGCCAGGAGGAGUGGAACAGGUGUCUGCAGCUCUUCCGCAGGCUGCUGGGCAUUGUGGGUGAUGGCAUUCCUUUAACCACAGAUGAACAGUGCACAGAGUUGCCGGGCAUUGAGGGAGACAAAGUCUUACCAAAGCACAAUGAGACUACAGAGUGGGAGAAUGUAGAAGAAAAACUGAAAGCUUUAAUGCAACUCUAUGGUGUUCAAGUUGAGUGUCUUAAGUGA